AUGGCUUCAAACGGUACCCCUGCGACGACCAAGCGGUUGAUCGCCUGUUGCGAUGGCACCUGGAUGGACAGCGACAAUGGCUACGAGGAGCCUGGGCUGCUGACAGGAGAGGGAACCCUCCAGGUGCCUUCCAACGUCACACGCAUAUCUCGCUGCUUCAAGCGGAGGUGCAGCGACGGGAAGCUCCAGAUCAUCAACUAUGAGUCUGGCGUCGGCACGGGCAGCAACAUGCUUGACAGCAUCACCGGAGGAGCGUUUGGCUUGGGUCUGUCAGAGCGCAUGAGGGAGACGUACUCUUACCUAUGUGCCAACUACACUGACGGAGAUGAGAUCAUCCUGGUCGGUUACUCCCGAGGUGCCUUCACGGUGCGUUCGGUGGCGGGCAUGGUUGGUGCCCUUGGUCUCCUGACCCGUGAGGGAGUCGAGCACUUUUAUCCCAUCUUCAAGGACAUGCAGCACUGGAUGGACGAUGACUACGAGGAUCCAUUCCCAAACAUCCCCUUCCCCAACAAGCCCAAGGGAAAGGAUGCUGCCGCGGUGUAUCGAGCCCAGCUGGAGAAGCUGGGUUACACUCGUGUGAGACAUGACAACGGACAGGGCGAUCUGAUCAAGAUCAAAGCCGUCUUCUUGGAAUUCCCCGUGUUGCAUGGCUGGACAAGCUCGGGAUCCGCCCCGACAAUGAUGAAUAAGUCUCACCUUUUCGUUACCUGGAAGAUAUACGCUGACCGUCUGAGCACGUACAAGUGGCACGAUACGAGCCUGUCGGAUAAAAUCGAGCAUGCUUUCCAGGCACUGGCCCUGGAUGAGACUCGUCCACCAUUCAGCCCUGCUGUCUGGGAGAGGCGCCCAGAGAAUAGACUCACGACGGAUCUGAGGCAGGUCUGGUUUCCUGGUAACCAUGCCAACUGUGGCGGUGGAUGGGAGGACCAGGGUAUUGCCAACUGUACUCUGGCAUGGAUGAUGGAUCAACUGGCUUCAGUCGGUGUCGAGUUUGACUUGCCGUCCUUGGAGCGUUGCUUCCAGCAAACCGCAGACUUCUACAAGGCAUCCCACGCCAAGGCCCAAAAAACCAAGCCAAAGAAGAAGAAGGGUGUCCCAGACAAGUGGGCAAUCAGUCCCAUCUUUGACAACAACCACCCCUUCAGGCCCUGGGGAUUGGGCUCCAUCAACAAGCCCUCCAGCCUCCUGUACAAGCUCUCGGGCCAGACGAUCCGCACGCCGGGUCUGUACAGGCCGACUGACCCCAAGACCAAGCUUGACGAGGCUAGGUUCCUCCAGGACACCAACGAGCGCAUCCACAGUACGGUGCGGAUUCGUCUCGCGUGCCAGGGUCUUGGGUUGAAUGACAAGACUGUCUGGGACUGUCCAUCGCUGCUCAAGAGCUGGAAGGUGAAGCGUACACAGGAGAAGUACCAAGAUCCUGUGCCUUUCCACCCCGGCUGGGACCCGAAGGGUGAAGAGGACGACAUGGGAGACCCCAAUGGCUGGAGCAAAGGUCGAUGGGUUUGGGAGUAUGUUGGUAGCGAGAGUAAUGCGCCAAGUGACAAGAGGCAACGGAUCAUGGUUGAAGAGCCACUAGGUCCGUAUGAGCGGCAUCUCCUGAGACUCUCAGCCGGUUCACCGAAUGUAUUCCAUUUCUCGGAUACAAAGGAGGAUUGA